AUGGGUGAAGACAAGACGAACGGAGAAGAUGAUGCAAAGGCUGGGAACGGAAAAGCAACGGUGGAAUCGACUCAGAGAAACGGAAGGUUUAACGCCGUUAUUUGUCACGGUGGGGAGUUCAUUCAACGUAGUCAUGGUGAAACGAUUUACAGGGGUGGUUCAUCAACUUUGAUUUCUGGGGAACAACUAGAUUCGUGGACCGUUCAGCGCAUUCAAAACCUAAUUUCUGGGUGGGGUUACUUAGAAGGUUCUUACAAAGUGUGGACGAAAAUCACUGACAUUGAUCCUAAUUACUUUCAGAUUAGGAGUGAUGAUGAUGCGUAUGAUUUUGGUGCAUAUUGUUGUGCGAUGCAAGUUGACGGGGUACUGUGUGUUGAACACGCUGCAUGUAUAAGUGUAACUGGUAGCAAUCAAAACAUUGUGUAUGAGUUAGAGGAUAGUGAAGAAGAGAUUGUUGAAGGGUUGAACAAUAGCGAGGAUGAAAGGACGACUGCUAUAGCUGAUGGCUUUGAUGGUAUUGAUGUCACUAUACCACUUAGUGAGGGUCCAGUCAUAGCAGGGUUGUUAACAUAUCCAAAUAAGAAGAAGUGUGAUGAUGAAGAGUAUGCUAGUGAAGAUUUAUUGAGCUCUGAUCCUGAUAACUCUGAAGACGAAAAAGGGCCAAGGUUUGAGAAGUUUAAAAAAGAGGAAUUAAAUAAGGAUUUUAAGUUUAAGUGGGGUAUGGAGUUCAAUUCCCUAGAUGACUUUAGGGAAGCUAUUCGUGAGUGGAUUGUUUUGAAUGGGAGGGAAAUAACUUUUGUAAAAAAUGAGGGGUAUAGAGUGAGGGUUGAAUGUAAGGCCAAGUGUGGUUUUUUAAUGCUUUGUUCAAAGGUGGGCCAUAAACACACUUUUGCCAUUAAGACUAUAAAGGAUACCCACACAUGUGCUAGGGUUUUGGAUAACAAAUAUGCCAAUUCAAAGUGGGUUGCCAAGGUUGUGGUCAAGAAAAUGCAAACAUCUGAUAAAGUACGGAUCUGUGACAUCAUUCAAGACAUGAGGAUAAACUAUUUAGUUGGCAUAACAGUGGCAAGGGCAUGGAAGGCUAAGAUGAUUGCAAAACAAAUCAUAGAAGGAGAUGCAGAUAAACAAUAUGCUGAUCUGUGGAGAUAUGCAGCUGAGUUGCAUAGGGUGAAUAAUGGAAAUACUCUGAAGAUAACCACUAACAGACCAAUCCCAUCCAUCCAGCCCAAGUUUGGUUCUUUUUUGUUUUGUUUUGAUGGAUGUAAAAAAGGAUUUAUUAAUGGCUGCAGACCCUUCAUUGGGGUUGAUGGUUGUCAUUUGAAGACCAAAUAUGGAGGACAACUCUUGAUAGCUGUUGGUAGGGACCCCAAUGACCAGUACAUUCCACUAGCCUUUGGAGUUGUGGAAACAGAAACAAAAGAAUCAUAG